CUUAGCCAUGGCCACUAAGAGAAGCACACCACUUGCACUAUUCCUCUUGCUCAACCUCCUCUUCUUCUCCUUGGUCAGUACUGCUUCGACUCACCCAACCCCAAAACCACACUCGAGGACUCCACCUGGCUCGACUCCACCUGGCCCGCAACCGGGGACUCCACCUGGCUCGGGGACUCCACCAAGCCCGCCAUCGGGGAAUCCACCUGGCCCGGCACCGGGGACUCCACCAAGCCCGGCAUCGGGGAAUCCACCGGGGAACUCAUCAUGCCCUAGAGAUGCCCUAAAACUCGGCAUCUGCGCCAAUGUUCUGAGCGGCCUUCUGAACGUGACCAUCGGAACACCUCCGGUAACACCAUGCUGCACCCUCAUCCAAGGAUUGGCCGACCUCGAGGCCGCCGUCUGCCUUUGCACUGUGAUUAGGGCUAACAUUUUGGGCAUUAACCUUAAUCUUCCCAUCGUUCUCACCUUGCUCCUUAAUGUGUGCAGCAGGCAAGUGCCUAGGGACUUCCUCUGCGCUUAGUUUGUUUGAUGCUCCUUAAUUUUUGCAUGUGUGCGUGGUGUUAUCAUCGUUUGUUUAGUAGUUAGUAUAAGUUGUGGUUGCAUGGACUGGAGUGAGCAAGGCUUCAAUAAAAGCAACGUGUAGUCGGAACUUUUGGCCUAUUUCAAAGUUGUAACUCCAACCAAUCCAAUUCAUCAAAAUGUUCAUUAUUUUAUUAUA